GUCCGCCCGGACACCGUGGUUCGAUCCCCUUUGGACUAGCCCAGCCGCUUGAGGACUAGCGCUCACCAGCAGAUCGCGUUGUAAAGGAUUCAGGACGAAAUUCGGCCGUUCGUCCACCAUGAGGAAGCCGCAUAGCGGUUCCAAAAACUAUUUAUCUGCCUCUAGCUCCCGAAACUCACUGAAACUCUUGUUCAGGAGCAUUGUCUCGUUCGACAGGUUCCAAGGUUUGGCUACCACAGGUUGCUUUGCCUUCCAACCACGUCUUCACAUUUUCAUAGACAGCACAGCUAGCUGGAAUCAUGGCCCAGUCUCCAAAGAACAUCAUUAUUUUGGGCGGAUCUUAUGGUGGCUUGUCUGUUGCGCAUUACACUAUCAAACAUAUCAUCGCGAAGGCCCCAAACAAACAGAUCUUUCGGGUUAUUCUGAUCAGCACUUCGUCUCAAGCCUUCUGCCGGCCUUCUUGCCCGCGCGCGAUGCUCUCGGACGAUAUGUUCCCCCAGGACAAGCUCUUCGUGGACAUACAGACCCAAUUUCAGCAUUAUGAAGAUGACAUCCACUUCCAAUUCAUCAAAGGCACGGCCACGCAUCUUGAUCAUGAGCAGCGCAUUGUUACCAUCAAGAAAGGUUCCGACACUUCGCAGGAAUUGGCUUUUCAUGCUCUUGUCAUCGCUACUGGUGCUUCGACGUCAUCCCCAUUGUUUGGAUUCAUCCAGGACGAGGCAUUCCUACGUGAAAGCUGGAGCUCACUCCGAAAGGCACUUCCUGCAGCUCGAAACAUCGUCAUCUCCGGAGGUGGCCCAACCAGCGUUGAGACAGCUGGAGAACUUGGCCAGUUCCUGAACGGACGACCCAGUUCCAUUCGCUCAAGACGAAACAGCGCUCGCGCCAACAUAACUAUCAUCACGAGUAGUUCAAAGAUCCUGCCAAAUUUAGGUCAGAGUAUUGCCGACAAAGCGGAGAAGCUCUUGGCCGAUGUUGGCGUGUCAGUCAUCAAGAAUGCCCGCGUCAGGACUGUCACGCCCACCGGCGCCGGCAGUGAUCUCGAGCUGCUGACAUCUGAGACCACCGUCGUCCUGGAGGACGGGAGAACCAUCGACGCCGAUCUGUACAUACCUGCAACCGGCACGACACCCAAUACCGGCUUCAUUUCCGACAGAUCUCUGCUGACAACCGAUGGCCGUGUCAAUACCAAUCCAUCGACUCUGCGGGUGGACUGCGCCGGCCCUGGUUCCAGGAUCUAUUCCAUCGGGGACGCAAGCUCCUACGCGCGUCCAGCCGUACACAACAUCCUUUCGGCAGUCCCUGUUCUCUGUGCGAGCUUGAAACAUGACCUGCUCUUUGAAGGGGAUCACCAGGAAGACCCGUCGGCCGGAGGCGGACGUGUUUUCGAGGAGGAUACCAGAGAAACACAGCUGGUUCCUAUUGGUACAACGAAGGGUGUGGGCGCAGCGAUGGGAGCUCAACUACCCAGUUUCCUGGUAUGGUUAUUGAAGGGGAGGGACUACUGGCUUUGGACGACUGGGAACCUGUGGAAUGGCAAGAAGUGGAACAAGGAGUCUUGA